GGUGAAGCAGGACCAAGAGGGCCUCCUGGACCGUCCGGUCAACCAGGACCUACAGGGGGGCAGGGGGCCCCAGGAGACGUUGGAGACCCAGGAUCCAUGGGUGGCUUUGGUUCCAGAGGACCUGAGGGCCCACCAGGAAAACCAGGACCAGAUGGAGAAUCUGGCCCAACCGGAAUAGAUGGAGAUACAGGAGCCGCUGGAUCUGCCGGUGCCAGAGGUUUCCCAGGACUGCCAGGUCUCCCUGGACUGAAAGGCCUUAAGGGUCAUGCAGGUCUUCUAGGAGCGAGAGGUCAAUCUGGUGCUGCUGGGUCAAAGGGCCCAUCAGGUACUCCUGGUGGAAUGGGGCCCCCUGGUCCUGCGGGUCCAGCAGGAAUGCAAGGGGAGAGAGGAAGGAGUGGCACAACUGGACCUGUGGGGAAACGUGGUGAAUCUGGACAUAUUGGGAAAGCAGGACCACAGGGUCCUAUGGGGAUCACUGGAGCUCUAGGAUUCCCAGGUAGUCCAGGUAUAAAGGGGCAACCAGGGCCCCAAGGAGCACGAGGAACAGGGGGCCAGCAAGGACCAAGAGGCGAGGCCGGACGCGUGGGAUUGGCUGGAGCUACGGGAAUUCAGGGUCCAACAGGAACAGAGGGUGCUGCCGGAGCCAAAGGACCAUCCGGAGCUCCAGGUAUCCAGGGUCUGACUGGACUGCUUGGCCCCGCGGGGCCCCCCGGACCACAGGGAACCACUGGACUGCCCGGGCCUAAGGGCCAACUGGGUGAUUUAGGCGUUCCCGGAUUCAAAGGAGAGGCUGGAUUCAAAGGAGAAUCUGGUGCACCUGGUGAUCAUGGAGCGCUGGGUCCCAUGGGAGAGGAGGGGAAGAGGGGAGAACGGGGUGACGCCGGGACUUCAGGCGCCGCUGGACCCAAUGGAGAGAGAGGUGCUCCUGGCAGUAGAGGUUUUCCUGGUCAGGAUGGGCUACCUGGUCAAAAGGGUGCCCAAGGUGAGCGAGGACUGGGUGGGUCAUCUGGUGCCAAAGGUGCUGAUGGUGACCCAGGACGCACUGGAGAGCCAGGUCUUCCAGGGGCACGGGGUCUGUCGGGUCUUCUCGGCUCCCAGGGUCCUGAGGGACACCAAGGACCAAUGGGAGGAGGAGGAGAGGAUGGGGGUCCAGGGCCAGCAGGGUCAGAUGGUACCAGAGGUCCAGCUGGAACCAUGGGUGUAGUAGGACCAAAAGGCUUUACUGGAGACCCUGGUAAGGCAGGAGAAGUGGGGACCCCAGGUGUUGCAGGACAGAGGGGGGUUAAUGGGAAAGCUGGAGAGAUGGGCGCUGGUGGCACUGCUGGUCCAGCAGGUCUACCUGGAUCUGCUGGUCCACCCGGAGAGUCUGGGAAACCAGGUGCUGAGGUACGGGUAUCGCUGGAGAGGGAGGGGCUGCUGGUCUCACAGGGCCAAGGGGUGAGCGUGGCAUCCCAGGAGAGAGAGGUGAUGUGGGAACUAACGGACUACCGGGGCCCAAAGGUAUUUCAGGGGGGCCAGGACCAGAGGGAUCAAAGGAACCGUUGGGGAGCUGCAGGCCUGCAGGGGAUGCCAGGGGAGAGGGGUAUCCCUGGUUCUCCUGGUCCUAAAGGAGAUGUGGGUUCAGUUGGUGAGAAAGGAACCGAGGGUACUGCUGGAAACGACGGGCCCGGGGGACUUCCUGGUCCAGUUGGACCAACAGGAGGCAUUGGGCUCAAUGGUGAUAAGGGAGAGGCCGGCCCUAAAGGGCCCCCUGGACGUCGAGGAGCGCGAGCAGUGGCCGGAGCUUCUGGGGAGCCUGGUCCAACCGGUGCAGUAGGAUUCCCUGGGUCUCCUGGUCCUGAUGGGCAACCCGGGGUCAAAGGUGAACCAGGAGAGAGGGGUCAGAAGGGUGAGGCUGGAGCACAGGGACUCCAGGGAACAGCUGGUAAACUUGGUUCCCAGGGUCCUGCUGGUGUGACUGGACUAAAGGGGGCCAGAGGAACACAAGGGGCCGCGGGUGGGUCUGGUUUCCCAGGAUUCCCUGGGGGAGUUGGUCCAGCAGGCUCUGUUGGUGAGGUAGGGGUGCCUGGAGACAUUGGUACCCCAGGGAAGGCAGGUACUCCUGGACUUAGAGGCGAGAAUGGAGGCCCUGGGCGUGUAGGAGAGAGAGGGGCCCCGGGCCAAGCAGGUGGCCCAGGAGACAAGGGAGAGCCUGGAGAGGAUGGACCAGGGGGCCCUGAUGGGCCGGCGGGACCACCAGGCAUCUCAGGACAACGAGGUGUUGUGGGCAUACCUGGAGUCAGAGGAGAGAGCGGGAUGGUUGGGCCCCCCGGUACUGCUGGUGCACCCGGAAAAUCAGGUGCCCCCGGAACUCGGGGAGGCAAGGGUGCUGUCGGUGCAGUCGGGUUACCAGGGGCAACCGGACCAAGAGGGGACCUUGGUCUUACGGGUAAUGCUGGGUCUGAUGGGGUACCUGGCAAGGAUGGACUUAUAGGAGCCAGGGGAGAUAGAGGGAAUCCUGGUGCUGAGGGUCUUGCUGGAACUCCGGGGCUUCAUGGCUCUGUUGGUCCAGUCGGCACCUCUGGUGUCCCUGGGAAGAGAGGAGACAAUGGUGCUAGAGGGCCUCCAGGACCCCAGGGACAAUCAGGGAUCCGGGGGAAGCUGGGGCCUCAAGGGCCACAGGGAGACAGGGGAGCCAAAGGAGACCAAGGAGAGAGAGGGCAGAAAGGCCACAGAGGCUUCACUGGAUUGCAAGGCUUACCUGGGACAACAGGACAAUCUGGGGAUGUUGGAGCUCGAGGAAUUGUAGGACCUACUGGACAGAGAGGGCCCCCUGGUGUGGUUGGCCCCGCGGGAGGUGAUGGCCAAAUCGGGCUGACCGGGCCCAUGGGCUCCCCUGGACCAAGAGGAACCAGUGGAGACAUCGGACCUCAGGGGCCUCCUGGGGAUGCUGGUCCCCCUGGUCCCCCAGGGACCCCUGGCCCUCCCACUGCUGGGGCUGAUAUGUUCGGCUUCAGCAGCUCCUUCGACUACGACUACGGCGAGGACCAGGAUGGACCACCUCCACCCCCAGAGUUUAACGGGGAUGAAUCAGCCCCCCCUCAACCCCCUCCAGAGUCCAACUGGAACGACUCCGGCCCCCAUCCCCCUCCAGAGUUCAACGAGGAUGAGGCGCGUCCCAAUAAUGCCUCGACCGUCCUCGGGGCAGACCAGAGCGUCCAGACCACGCUGAAGAGCCUCAGUGGAAACCUGCAGAACAUGAAGUGCCCCGAUGGCAGCCAGGCCAACCCCGCCAAAACCUGCCAGGACAUCAAGCAGUGCCAUUCCCUUAAAAAGACUGGAGACUACUGGCUGGACCCCAACCAGGGCAGUACCAAGGAUGUUAUCAAGGUGUUCUGCAACAUGGAGACUGGUGAGACCUGCAUCUCAGCCCACCCCAUCUCAGCCAGCAUCCCUCGCAAAACAUGGUGGACCAAAUCCACUCCCACUGCCAGCAAACCUGUCUGGUUUGGAGCAAAUAUGAAUGGAGGAACUAAAUUUAGCUACGGCAACAAGGAGGAGCUGCCCAAUGCCGUAACCAUUCAGAUUCGGCUGUUUCGCCUGCUUUCUAAGGAGGCUGUCCAGAAUGUCACCUACCACUGCAAGAACAGCGUGGCCGUGAAUGACGGAGCCACAGGCAACCUGAAGAAGGCUCUGAUCCUCAAGGGCUCCAACGGACAGGAGGUCAAGGUUCAGGGCAACUCCCGCCUCAGAUACACUGUCCUGGAGGAUGGCUGCUCCAAAUCGAAUGGAGACUGGGGCAAGACUGUGAUUGAGUACAGAACUCAGACGCCAGCCAGACUACCUAUCGUAGACUUGGCCCCCAUGGACAUAGGCAAGGAGGAUCAGGAGUUUGGCCUGGACAUCGGACCUGUGUGUUUCUCAUAAACCCAAAACACAUGGAUGGAUGGAUUGAUUUAUUGAACCCUAUGAGGAGUGAUUUUUUAGAACGCCAUCCUCCAUUCUGUUUAAAGAGGCAAUCUGGAUUUCAAACAACAAAAAAGCACUCACUUUUUAGUUACAUUCUUCAAGAAUCAAUGGCUAUAUAUCACUCAUUUAAAAGAUUGCCCCUUGAAGAAUUAGGUUUCAGUUCAAUAACUAAUACUGAACAACAACCCCUUGUGAUGUCAUCAAUUAGAAUCGGUUGGAAUGUUGUCGUCCAUUCUCCUCCAAAGGGUUAAACAUUCCCAAGACUCUUGGACUACCUGCUGAAGCGAUCAGCUUUGUACAUAAAGGCAGGGCGGAGAAACGACAGUACAGUAUAUGUCCUGCCUGCUACUAAAAUAUUUAUUGCUUCUUUCCAAGAAACAACUAAAGUUGUUAGUGCAAUGGUACUGGUAGUAAUUACUAUUGAAGAAUGCAGGUGUAUUGUAUUAAGAAGAUUGUGUCAUGAUGGAGUUUCAGGGCCUGAAGGUUUCAGCUUGUUGAAAACAUGACAAUUUAUGGAACUUAAGAGUCAGUGUCGUAUGACGUUCCAUCAUACAUUUCUUUACCAGUUUCUCAGUGAAUGCCACUAAAUAGAUAUACUGUCACUUGAUGUAGAGACAAAACAACAACAAUUGUAUUCCUUUUUCUAAUGUAAAUGCAACAUAAGAAUGUCAAUUGCUCGUCACACGUUUAUUAUUCCUGUUUAUUAUUGAUAUGAUGAUAUUUUCUUCUGUCGACUGAUGGUGUUACACCCAAUAAAAUGAAUCUCAUGCCCUGUU